AUGGCGACGGUCUCCGAACUAUGCUGUGCAGCCCUCAAUACAAGCAUCGGCAACAGAAUCGCCUUCCCCGGCAGCACAGCAUACAACGAGUCUCUUAGUUCCUAUUUUGGCGUCAAUGCGCAACUACCUCCAAGCUGUUUUGUUCUACCGCUCUCGGCACAAGACGUCUCGGUGGCCGUUCAAACCCUAACCUCGCAACCAGAUCCAUGCUUUUUUGCCAUUCGCAGCGGGGGUCAUACUACCUCACUCGGUGCGUCGGCAAUAGAGGCCGGCGUUACCAUGGAUCUGUCAGGAAUGAACACUACCACAUACGAUUCCAGCACCAAUACUGCCUUUAUUCAACCCGGUGCGCGCUGGGGUUCUGUGUAUGAAACCCUUUUGCGGGAUAACGUCCUGGUUCCCGGCGGCCGGACAGCAUCUGUUGGCGUGGGAGGUUACCUGACCGGCGGUAGGAAUUCGUUCCAUGCCGCGCGUGUUGGUCUAGCAUGUCUAAGCAUUAAAGGAUACGAAAUUGUCCUAGCAGACGGUGAGGUUGCAAAAGUAGACCAAGAUUCCCAUCCGAACCUCUUUCGGGCUCUAAAGGGAGGCUCAAACAACUUUGGCAUCGUGACCUUGUUCGACAUGGAAGCUUUUUCAACGGAAGGUACGAUAUGGGGCGGGACUGUUUUAUAUGAUAUUUCCACCAAGGACCAGUAUAUUGCCGCGGGCACAGCGUUUACUGACAACAUACCCAACGACCCCUACGCCUCAUGGGUCGGAAUGUUUGCGUACAAUUCAACCACAGACCAGACAGCGAUCUUCACCUCUCUGGCCUACACGAGGCCCGUUCAGUCCUGGCCCCAAGCGUUCAGCGAAUUCUACGCGAUUCCCAACAUUACACACACCUUGAGGUCUGCCACGGUGUUGGAUCUUGCAGUGGAAAACUCGUUUCCUUACGGAUAUCGUAAUGUCCUCCAGACUGGAACAUAUUCCAACAAUGCCGAAAUCAUCCAAAAAGCCGUCAUCAUCCUCAACAACCAAGUGAAGAUGGCCAAGUUGCGAGCCCGGGGAAAAGACUACGCGCUCUUUGCUAUCGUCCAGCCAUGGGUUCCCUUAUUCUGGGAGCACAGCGAGGCGCGUGGUGGAGACGUGCUUGGACUGGAGCGUUUCGAAACUAAUUUGCUCAACAUUGCCUGGGACUACAGCUGGGACAACUCGGCAGAUGACGAGCUUCUGUACGAGUUGGCGCAGUCCGCGCGCGAACAGUUGGAUGAGUACGCGCGGUCUACAGGCGCGUACAAUGAGUACAUCUAUCUGAAUUAUGCGGGCCGCACGCAGGACCCGCUCCGUGGGUAUGGGCUAGAAAAUCUAGAAUUUCUGCGGCGCGUAUCGGAGAAGUUUGACCCGGACGGUGUAUUUCAAAGACUGGUGCGUGGAGGGUUCAAAAUUGACCGUGCAUAA